UGUCCUCGUUGAAGCUCGCGCUGUUGCGCUGGAUGUCGAACUCUCCGGCGCCUGCUGAGGAGGAUGGGGUCCAGCGAGGCAAGUCAAGCGCUGGAAGAAGCAGAUGCGUGACGCGGCGGCGGAAGAGCGUCCAUGCCGGCAAGCUCGAGGGGGAGCGCCAGACACGCGCAAACAUCUGAGCAUCUCGAGAAGCGCGUUUAUUUGAAGGCUCGUUUGGCAGCUCCGCCCCCUCUCACCCUCCGCUUGCUCCCGCCCACCACCAUCUUCCCCUUCGUCGUCGCCGUCGUCGCUGCCCGCCAUGGUUGACUGGAUGUCUGAAGCGGAGAUCGCCCACGAUAGCGACGUAUUCUCGAAGUUCAUGCACGCACUGCUGGGGUUGUAUCUGUGGGAGUGGGCGACCAGCUUGCCGUUCGACGUAGACUAUGUGCGAGGAAAGCGCAAGUUCAAGUGGCCACUUAUAUUCUACUUCUUGAACCGCUAUUGCUUGUUGAUGGCCUUGAUCGGAAUCGCAAUAGCACUGAACGUCACAGAACGAGUUAACUGCCAGGGCUUGUACACUUUCAACCAAUGCUUUGGCAACGCAGCUAUCGGUCUCGCUUCCAUCAACCUAAGUCUUAGGACAAUGGCGAUAUGGAGCCAGAAAUGGUACAUCGUCGUACCUUUGGUCUGCAUCAUACUCGGCCACUGGUCGCUCCUCUUGCACGGAAUCCUCCUCAAGGCGGUGUACGUCCCAGGCCAGGGGUGCGCUAUCACACAGACGGACAGUAAAAUUCUCGCCGCGACGUUUAUCUACACGAUGGCGUUCGACUUUACGGUGUUGUCGCUUACGGCGUGGAAGCUGAUCUUCCCGGCGGGUGGUCGCAGCCGUCUUGUUUCUCUCAUUUUCAACGAUGGCCUGAUCUACUUCUUGGUCGCAUUCAUUGCAAACCUCAUCGCCACGACGUUCAUGCUACUGAACCUCAAUCCCGUCAUGUCCAUCAUCGCUAACGUACCGGCUGCCAUCGCGUCGACUAUCGUCGCUUGCCGAGUUGUUCGCCGUCUGAACAAGUACAAUGCCGAGGGGCCCGAAGUCUUUGCUUCGACGACGCAAGGAUCGACGCUGGCGUUCCGAACGCAGACAGGCGGGCAGCUGCAAUCGAGGCCAAAGGUGAACACGCGGUUUUCGAAGUCGGAGGCGGGGAUGCAGAUGGACGUCCUCGAGACGCCGUCGACGUACGUGAACACGCCGACCACAUAUGUGAAGACGCCGGAGCCGAACAAGGACACGGACGACGAUUCGUUUGUGGCGUACGAUGCGAUGGGGCGGAUUGUGAAGGGCGGGUUUGACCCGGAGGCGCAGAUUAUCAGCGACGAGUUCAAGAGGCCGCCGUAUUAGAAGGGGUAAGGUGGUACAGGGUGGCUACGUCCCUAUCCGGCGGCAGGUGGAAGCUACAGUCGCGCAGGGAAGGCCCGGUUGCACGUGUUCACGCAUUUUUUUAUUUUUUCUUAUGACCUCCACGAUGUCUGUUUGCUCUCCUCAUCCUCGCGUUAUCCCAGGAGCAUCUUCCUCAUUCACGGUUAUGAAAAGCUCAUCCGCAUCCAAACAGAGAAUGUUCGCCUUAUGGAUUGUGUAUUCUUGGUACUUGAUUGUAUAGUUACGGUUGUACGUGGUAGCAUUGUACUUCAUGAACUUCGCGGAUUGACCGGACUGGUGUGGUGUGUUGGGAAGAACGAAGACUCGACUGGCGAGGCGGGGAGAUUGA